AAAAAGAAAAAGAAUGCGGCUCUUGCCUACCUCAGCUACUUGGAGGGGCAUCCAGAUCUUGCAGCAAAAAGAAGCUUCCCUGACUAAAUAGUUUAAUGCCUUUCUCUCUCUCUUUCUAUUUUUUUCUCUAAAACAGGGAUUUUUUUGUAUUUUUAUUUUUCCUCUUUGUUUGUGUUUUGCAUUUUUGCGAAGGCUCGAAAAGAGAAACGAAGUCCCCCCAGAGAUGAAUUUGGAGAAAGAAGAAAAGAACAGAAGAUCUUCGACCCAGAAAAAUUCACGAUGAGAGCUCAUCAUUUGAGCAUCUUUUUCAUCUUACUAUCAUUGUCUACAUCAACAACAAAAAGUUCUUCUUCUUCUUCUUCUUCUCAAGAUUUUAUCAUUCAUAGAAGAAUUCUCCACCAACCAUUGUUUCCAGCAGGUUCAGCCCCACCUCCAGGCACUGACAGUUCUUUAUCUCCACCAUCACCUCCUCCUCCUCCGGAUAGUCCUGUUUUUCCAGACCCCAGUCAGCCAUUCUUCCCUGAAGUUCCUUCAGGACACCCAGAUCAGAAUCAACAGACAACACCACCAGCUGCACCAUCCAAUGGCUCAAUUCCAAUCCCAACAGCAACACAACCAGCCAAACCAGCUAAGAAGGGCAUUGCAAUAUCUGUCGGGAUUGUCACGUUGGGAAUGUUAUCAGGACUUGCUUUCUUUUUGUACCGGCACAGGGCUAAACACCCUGGAGAAACGCAGAAGCUUGUUGGAGGGAAUUCAGAAAGGUUCCAGGAAGACUCCAGGGUGCCCCCCUCGAGUUUUCUUUACAUUGGAACGGUGGAGCCUAGUAGGAGAUCUGCGAGUGAAGUGAAUGGAGCAAAUGUUUCACCAUAUCAUAAAUUGAAUUGUAAAAGAUCGGAUCGGUAUCGGCCGAGCCCUGAAUUGCAGCCGUUGCCACCCUUGGCUAAGCCUCCUGCACUUGAUAAUUCACCAACUGAGUCAUCUUCAUCUUCUUCUUCAGAUGAAGAGAGUCAGGGGACAGCUUUUUAUACCCCACAGGGCUCAACAAUCAGCAACGAAGAAAGCUAUUAUACUCCGGUUUCACGUCCGGUUAAUAGCAAUUUGGUGACUCCAGUGAGGAAUGAGAUAAAAGGGAAUACCAAUUCUGUUCCUCGUUCCAAACGAACAUCUCCAAAAUCAAGGCUUUUAGCUUCUUCACCAGAAAUGAAGCAUGUUAUUAUACCCUCAAUAACGCUGCAGCACCAGCCUUCUCCUCCUCCUCCACCGCCGCCGCCGCCGCCGCUGCAUCCUGAACAACCACAAGUUCUAGUAGUGGAGCCACAUGAGACUCAAGAAAUUACUUUUGCAAAAAGGCCAAAAUUCUCCUCCAAACCACCACCUCCUCCAAAUAUGGCACUACUUAGAUCAAUUAGCAACAAUUCACCCCCACUCAGAACAACUCCACCUCCACCCCCUCCACCGCCGCCAGCGCCCCGUCCGCCGCCACCAGCAGCACUAGGACUGUCAAUACCAAGGACAGCAAGGUCUUUGGAAACCAAUGUGUCUCCAAAACCUGCCCAAGUGUUGAAAAAGCAAGAAUCCUGGACUCCAAGUCCGAAAAAUAGUGCAGGAGGUGGGACUAGAAAAUCAACGGAAGAGGUUAAUCAUAAAGGUGCCAGUUCUUCAGAGAAGACUGAUAAGGAUGACAUGGAUAGUGCAAAGCCCAAGUUAAAGCCUUUGCACUGGGACAAAGUACGAGCAACCUCGGAGCGAGCUACAGUGUGGGACCAGCUAAAAUCAAGCUCAUUUCAAUUAAACGAGGACAUGAUGGAGACUCUUUUUGGCUGCAAUUCCGCGAAUUCAGCACCAAAAGAACCUAUUAGAAGAUCAGUUCUGCCUCCUGUUGAACAGGAAAACAGAGUGUUGGAUCCGAAGAAGUCACAGAACAUUGCCAUACUGUUGAGAGCACUGAAUGUAACACGAGAUGAGGUGUCAGAAGCUCUUUUGGAUGGUAAUCCAGAAAGCUUAGGUGCUGAGCUUUUGGAGACGCUUGUAAAGAUGGCUCCAACGAAGGAGGAAGAAAUAAAACUCCGAGAGUACGGUGGGGACAUCUCAAAACUAGGAUCUGCAGAAAGGUUUCUCAAGGCAGUACUUGAUAUCCCCUUUGCUUUCAGAAGAGUUGAAGCCAUGCUAUAUAGAGCCAACUUUGAUACAGAAGUAAAAUACUUGAGGAAGUCUUUUCAAACCCUUGAGGAAGCAAGUGAGGAAUUGAAGAACAGCAGGUUAUUCCUCAAACUCCUUGAAGCUGUUCUGAGGACAGGAAACCGGAUGAAUGUUGGCACCAAUCGUGGUGAUGCUAAAGCUUUUAAACUUGAUACCCUUUUGAAACUGGUUGAUAUAAAGGGAACAGAUGGGAAAACAACACUGCUACACUUUGUCGUUCAGGAGAUCAUUAGAUCAGAAGGGGCAGGUAAUAACUCAACAGAUGAGAAUGUUGAAAACAAAAUGUCCUCCAGCUUUAAGGAGGAUGAUUUCAGGAAGCAAGGACUGCAGGUUGUGGCUGGGCUGAGCAGAGACCUCAGCAAUGUCAAAAAGGCUGCAGGAAUGGACUCAGAUGUCCUCAGCAGUUAUGUGUCAAAGCUCGAAAUGGGACUUGAAAAGGUCAGAUUGGUUUUACAAUAUGAGAGGCCAGAUAUGCAGGGGAAUUUCUUCAACUCGAUGAAGAUGUUUCUAAGAGAUGCUGAAGAGGAGAUUGCUAAGAUCAAGGCAGAUGAAAUAAAAGCUUUGUUGCUUGUGAAAGAAGUUACUGAUUAUUUUCACGGGAAUGCAGCAAAGGAAGAAGCCCAUCCUUUCAGAAUCUUCAUGAUUGUAAGAGAUUUUCUGUCAAUAUUGGAUCAUGUCUGCAAGGAAGUAGGGCGAAUGCAGGAUAGGACAAUGGUGGGUUCUGCCAGAUCCUUUCGGAUAUCUGCAACGGCUUCACUACCAGUUCUCAGCAGGUAUAAUGUGAGACAAGAUGGAAGUUCAGAUGAUGAAAGCUUGUCUCCAUGAAGUUGUGUGAAUACAGCCCUAAGAAUGUCAAAUUAGUUCAUACUCCCGCGGUUACACUCUUUUUCCAAAUGAACCAACAGCAAAAAUAUGUCUCAUUUUCCAUUACAAGCAUGCAAAAAGUAUAAUAAUGACGAAAUGAAAAGCAUAGCAUAUCAACUGAAUUUUCAGUUUCACAUGGAGACAAAGCUGUUGGCUGAUGAGGUAUGCCCUUUUCCAUAAGGAGAAUCUCAUGUUGCUCACUUUGUAUAAGAAUGGAAAGCCUUGUAGCGUCCACAGGCCAGAAACUAUGUAAUAAUAAGGAUAGAUUUUGGGAAAACUGAAGCGUACCAUCAUCUACAUCCGGCAAUGAAAUGGAUGACCCGAAUGAAGAACAUGCCGGUCCAAAGAAACAAACAAGCAACAUAUGUAAUUUUUUUUUACUUCAACACACGUGCAAUAGUUAAGAUUCAAGAUUUCUUCUUUUA